AGCUUGUUCACUUUCAAAGAAGGGUUAAAAACUAAUUUCCGGGUGGAUAUGCCCAAGUCAAACUCGGGAGAUGAUUCUGAUGUAUAUUGUGGGAUUACUGAAGGAACCUAGCCGCUAUACCGACCAGGUUCAUUUUUUCUUCCAAAGAUUUUUUAGUUUAUAUACAACACACACCAGUCUCUCCUUCUCUCUCUCUCCUUCUCUCUCUCUCGACUGAAAUAAUUCUCCACUUCUGUUCGAAAAGGAUGGAAAAGGAGAAGAUUUGUACAGGAAAAAGAGAGGAUCAAUUCCAUGCUAUACACAAAGUUCCUGCUGCUGAUGGUCCUUAUAGUAGAGCCAAGCAUGCUCAGUUAGUUGAGAAAGACCCAGAAGCAGCAAUAAUUUGGUUCUGGAAAGCCAUAAAUGCAAGGGACAGAGUAGAUAGUGCUCUCAAGGACAUGGCAGUGGUGAUGAAGCAAGUCGACAGAACUGAAGAAGCCAUUGAAGCUGUCAAGUCCUUUAGAACCCUUUGCUCCAAGCAAGCUCAAGAUUCUCUAGACAAUGUCCUCAUUGAUUUGUACAAGAAAUGUGGGAAAGUAGACGAGCAAAUAGAGUUACUGAAGAGAAAGCUGAGAUUGAUAUACCAAGGAGAGGCCUUCAAUGGAAAACCCACAAGGACUGCUCGCUCUCAUGGCAAGAAAUUUCAAGUUUCUGUUAAGCAAGAGACUGCAAGAUUGCUAGGAAACCUGGGCUGGGCCUACAUGAAGAAAUCAAACUACAUGGCAGCUGAGGUUGUCUACAAGAAGGCCCAGAUGGUUGAUCCAGAUGCAAACAAGGCCUGUAACUUGGGCCUUUGUCUAAUCAAGCAGGCCCGAUACGAAGAGGCCCGUUUGAUUCUCCAACGUGUAUUGCAAGGUAAGCUUCCAGGCUCGGAUGAUUGUAAAGCUACAAAACGGGCCGAAGAGUUGCUUAUGGAAGCGGAACCAAGACGGCCCAAUCUCGAGGUGUGGGACCCGUUGAGUCUUAGCUUGGAUGAGGACUUUGUAAAUGGGCUUGAGAAGUUGAUGAAGGAUUGGGCCCCGUCCAGAUCAAAGAGGCUUCCCAUCUUUGAAGAGAUAGAAGGGUACAGAGACCAAUUGGCUUGUUAAUUCUUUACCCUCGCUCUCAUUUUUUUAAUGUGUAUUAUGUAGCUGUUUACUUGCCUUUGUAUUGUGUGGAAAAGAUAAAGAGUUUUCAGAAGGUGGUAGAAUGGAUUACACAAGCUAAUCUAUGCAUCCAUCAAUAAUCAUUGUGUGAGUCUCUUCCUAUUUGUUAUGAAAUAAUAGGAUUUU